AUAUUUCGAUGACGUGCGAAACUUGUAUUUUCGAUCGACGUACGUCUCCAUGGGAACCGGAGUAGAGUCUGUUUAUAUCAUGCAUGUUUAACCUCGCGCCUCGCGUCGCACAAAAAGUUGUGUGCAAACAUUGCAGGAAUUCGCGAAGAUAUUAACGCUAAUUUCUACAGAGUGUCAAAUAUCGUGAAACGUCGUAAAAGUGCCACACGUAAUUUAUUGCGAUGAUGAAGACAUUGAUUUUUACGUUAUUUUUGAUCAACUUUUACGUCGCACGUUGCCAGGACGUUGACAUCGACGAGAAUGGUUACGUAGUUUAUUGUCCUUGUAUGGGACGCUUUGGUAAUCAGGCAGAUCACUUUUUAGGAGUUCUAGGCUUCACCCAGGCCUUGAAUCGUACCCUGGUGUUACCGCCGUGGGUCGAAUAUCGGACGGGAGAGACGAGAUCUAUACAAGUACCGUUCGAUACCUAUUUCAAUGUUUCCCAAGUACAAAGCUGCCACAAAGCGAUAUUAAUGGAGGACUUUAUGAGAGAUGUCGCGCCAAAGAUAUGGCCACCCGAAAAAAGAAUAUCUUUUUGUUACGAGGCUCGCGUGGGGAGCAACGGAACGUCCUGUAAUGCGAAACAUGGGAAUCCAUUUGGUCCCUUUUGGGACACGUAUAAUAUAGAUUUCGUUAAAUCAGAAUUUUACAAACCGCUCCAUUAUUACGAUGCAUAUUACACUCGUGCGAGGCAACAGCAGUGGCAGUGGUAUUAUCCACCUGAAACUUGGCCGGUACUAGCGUUCACAGGCGCACCUGCCAGCUUUCCAGUUCAGCCUCUGAACAAGCCUCUGCAGAAGUGCCUCAACUGGAACAACGACAUCCUGAAUAAAGCGAAGGCGUUUAUAAGGGAAAAAUUGCCAAGGGGCGCGUUUGUCGGCAUACAUUUGCGAAACGGGAUCGAUUGGGAACGCGCUUGCGAACAUAUACCGUCCGCGCCGGAUCUUUUCGCCGCUCCUCAGUGCCUUGGUUACCAAAACGAACGUGGCAAAGCAACUCUAUCGAUGUGCUUGCCGUCGUUCGAUACAAUAAUAACUCAGCUGAAGCGUGUUAUCCGCAGCAGCAAAGAUAUUAAGUCUGUGUUUGUGGCAUCUGACAAUGAUUACAUGUUGGAUAGACUUGGAGAGGCCUUGUCGCGUAUGAAGAUAUCGGUGCACCGGCAGGAACCGCCGGUAUCCGCACAUUUGGAUCUGGCGAUUCUCGGAAGGUCUAAUUAUUUCAUAGGAAAUUGCAUUUCUUCCUUCACCGCUUUCGUGGCCAGAGAAAGAGAAGUCAGAGGAUACCCGACAUUCUUCUGGGGUUACCCUCCCAGAACCAGAACGGAACUGUGAUAUUACAUUUUGUAACAUAAUACUUGCCAAAUGCGCAUAAUCGUCAGUUUUUUUUUUAUAAGUUUUUAUAUUUAUACAUUAUACUGAAUUGAGUAAUUGCACAAUGAGAUUAACGUAUGUUUAUUGUGAGAAAAUACAAUUGUGACAUGUUUCGGAUCUCCAGUAUAUAUUUCGCAAUAAAAAGUUUAUAAGAAACAAGUCCGCUUGACUCGAGCAUCUCGAGUUUUUGUUUAUCGUCGUAUAUA